AUGAAUUAUUUGCGUCGGCGCCUCUCGGACAGCACGUUCAUCUCCAACCUGCCCAAUGGCUACAUGACAGACCUUCAGAGGCCUGACCCUGCUCAGCCUCCUUCACCUGCCUCCACCACCCCUGCCAAGUCUCCCACAGCUGGGCCAACACCUCCAGCAACUUCCCCUGCUCCAGAGAGGAAACCCCAGCCAUCCCAGUCGACGGGAGCAGGUUUCUUUAGUUCCAUAACCAACGUUGUGAAGCAGACAGCUGCUUCAGCAGGGCUAGUGGAGCAGACCCAAGUCACGACACCAAAGAAGUUUAAGAUUCUUUUUGUCAUUGACGAACCACAGCAGGAGUGGGCAAAAUUAUUCCGGGGAAAGAAAAUACAUGGGGAUUAUGACAUCAAAGUGGAACAGGCUGAAUUCAACGAGAUCAACGUUGUAGCUCAUGCCAAUGGAACCUGCAUGGUUAACAUGCAGGUUUACAGAAACGGUACCAAGGUUGUCAGGUCAUUCAAGCCAGACUUUGUCCUCAUCCGUCAACAUGCCUUCAGUAUGACUCAGAAUGAAGAUUUUCGCAACCUCAUCAUCGGCCUGCAGUACGGUGGCGUCCCAAGCAUCAACUCCCUCGAGUCCAUCUACAACUUGUGUGACAAGCCGUGGGCGUUUGCCCAACUUAUCAACACGUUCAGGAAGCUGGGCGCUGAUAAGUUCCCUCUGAUUGAGCAGACCUUUUAUCCAAACUACAAGGAGAUGGUAAGCAUGCCAUCAUUCCCUGUUGUUGUGAAGAUCGGACACGCCCAUUCCGGUAUUGGAAAGGUGAAAGUCGACAAUCACAGUAAGUUCCAGGACAUUGCCAGUGUCGUGGCUCUCACUCAGACCUACACCACCACAGAGCCUUUGAUUGACUCCAAGUACGACAUCCGAAUCCAGAAGAUCGGCAACGACUACAAAGCCUACAUGAGAACAUCUAUAUCUGGUAACUGGAAGAGCAACACAGGCUCAGCUAUGCUUGAACAGGUGGCCAUGACUGACAGGUACAAGCUGUGGGUCGACACCUGCUCAGAGAUUUUCGGGGGUCUCGACAUUUGUGCAGUUAAAGCUAUCCAUGGGAAAGAUAGCAGAGAUUACAUCACAGAGGUGGUUGGUUCUGCCAUGCCCCUGGUAGGCGAACACCAGGCUGAGGAUCGGCAGCUCAUCGCUGACAUGGUGCUGGAAAAAAUGAACCAGUCAGCUGAGAAGGAAGCGAAUGCUCCCCAGAGACCCACCACCAUACAGCCAUCUCAGGGAGCUGGCCAGAAGGGAGAAAUCAUUGGUGAACCCACCAAGAAUGGCACUGGGCGCCCACCUCAAGGCUGUCUGCAGUACAUCCUCGAUUGUAAUGGCGUUGCAGUGGGUCCAAAACCAGUCCAGGCCAACUGA